UAUUCCUUCAUUUUUUUUCGUAAUAUUUUCCCCAAUUUUUCUCCAUUUUCCCCUAAUAUUUUCUCCAUUUCCCCCUAAUAUUUUCCCCAAUUUUCCUCCAUUUCUCCCCUAAUAUUUUCUCCAAUUUUACUCCAUUUUUUCCCUAAUAUUUUCCCCAAUUUUCCUCCAAUUUUCCUCUCCUAUUCCCCUCAUUUUUCCCCAUUUCCCCCCGCUAUCCCCAUGGAAUCCCAAUGCGAUUACUCCAUGUACUUCCCCGCCGUCCCCUUCCCUCCGCGGGAAUUUCUGGCGGGAGAUUCCUCCGGUUACCGCGCCCUGCCCCGCCGCAACCACCUGUACCUGGGCGAGACCGUGCGCUUCCUGCUGGUGCUGCGCAGAAACGCCGCGAACCCCGACAGAAAUCCCGAUAAAAAUCCCGACAGAAAUCCCGAUAAAAACCCCGAUAAAAACCCCGAUAAAAAUCCUGAGGGAACUCCCGCCCACCCCGACAGAAGCCCCGCCCACUCCGGGUCAAACCCCGCCCACCCCAGCCAAAGCCCCGCCCACCCAGACAGCGGCCCCGCCCACCCCGGCGGCGGCCCCGCC